AGCUGCCCUUUUCAAAUCCCCAAACUGGGUGUUUCUUCUUAUUCUAUGCAGUAAACAAGGAAUUCCUGAGACGCAGUUAGCCAACUACCUAUAUUCGGCUCUUGGUUGCAUAGUGCAGACCAGACAUAGCAAUAGUCCAGGAAAAAAGAAAAGGAACUUAACAGGGUUCGACUCGAAAGGUCAAUAGAUUGGAGUUCAACUGCUAAAGUCUGCAGGUAAAUGACUGGACAGUGACAACUUAUAUAAACGUCCAUCACAAUUAGUCAUAGCCAUAUGAAAUCUUCAAGAGCGCAUGUCUCUGAAGUCAUGGCUGUCGAUAGAGAUUUCUCAUUGGUGGAAGAGGUCUGUGAACGGCAGCGUAUAAAAUUAAUGAAACAGGAUUUCUGCGUUGCUGACUUAAAAGGCUCCAUAUCGGUCAAUGGCUUUCCUUGCAAACCUGCAGCAGAAAUAACUUCAGAUGAUUUCUUCUUUGAUGGUUUGAGCAAAGAGGGUAAUACAACAAACAUGUUUGGUUGGUCUGCGACUACAGCUAAUGUUCUUUCAUUUCCUGGCCUCAAUACUCUUGGGAUUUCGAUGAAUCGGGUAGACUUUUCCCCUGGUGGCCUGAACCCUCCUCACUCGCAUCCUCGUGCAACUGAGACUGGGGUGGUUAUAGAAGGGAAGCUUCUUGUAGGAUUUGUAACCACUAGUAAUGUGUUUCACUCUAAAGUCUUGAGUCCUGGGCAGAUGUUUGUUGUUCCUCGUGGUCUUGUUCACUUUCAACUAAAUGUAGGACAAGGAAAAGCUCUUCUUUUCACUGCCUUCAACAGUCACUUGCCUGGGUCUGCAGUUGUCUCGGCAAAUCUUUUUACUUCAACACCUAAAAUUCCCAAUCAAGUGUUAACAAAAGCUUUCCAAGUAGGGGAUGACAUAAUCAAUACCAUAAAAUCCAAGUUUGGAUCUUAAUAUAUUCUCGAAGAUCUUUUUGAAGUUUUUUCUUUUCAAGUAUACGUAAUGUCUAUCUCCUCCCUGUAUCACAAUUCAUUGACUUGAAUAUGGUGUUUAAUCUUGUGUUCGGUUAUUUUCCUGGUGCAUGCAGCAAUAAUACAUAGAUUCAAAUUUACUGAAAUAUUGAGAUAGGUGAUUCUUGAUUUCAACAUCAAGCAGAAUCAGUAACGAUGGAGAAAAGUUGUGUUUGGAGGUGAUGCCCUUGCAGUAAUUCAAGUUGCUAACGGUGCUUCCUCCCGCCUACUGAUGGGGCGGUGGUUUUCUCAGGUAUUAAUAAUCUUUUGGUUUCCUGUGAUCAAGUCUCCUUUUGUUUUAUUAGUAGAAAUCUUAACUUAGCAGCUCACAAUGCUGCUAGGAGUGUGCUUCGGUUCUGAUAAACUUUGUUUGAUUUGGUGGGGUCUUUCCCUUCAUUAA